UUGAAAAAUGAACGCAUUUUCCAUCAAAUACAUCGUCGUAUCGUAUUCACCCGCCAUUGUCAUCGCUAAGCUCUGACCUCUGCUUCUCUCUUUCUUAGCCCUAAGCCUUAACACUUCAAUCCCUCAAAAUACCGUCCAAAACGACUUCCAUCGCCUCCCCAGUUUCUCUUCCCCAACAACCACCGCCACCAACCUUGUCUCUGAUUCGAUCUCUCUCCAGAUUUCCCAUUUCUCUCAACCUCUGGACCGUUUCCUUUCCCGAGGUUUGUUGAUUUGGGCGCCUCCUCCCUCUUGGGGUUUUCGCUGCCUUACUGCUCUCUCUGUCCUUGAACUCGAACUGUUUGGACUGGUUAAAGGAUUGGAUAGAGGAAGGGAUAUGUGGAAAACAGUACCAAAUCUCAUAUCAGGCUUUUGAAAUAUGGGGUCUGUCUGUUGUGUUGCUGCUAGAGACAAGAAUGUUGGUGUUGGAUCGGGUAGUGAAACGCAGCAUAGGAAUGUUCGUUACUCGCCGAGUUGGAGCUUUCGAUGGGAUAACCGUGGGCGUGUGGUUGGCGAGGAAGUUUCCCUGAAUUCGUUUUCAGAUGGAGUAAGCAGAAAUGAUAGGCCAGAGUUCAAAUAUGAAUCCUCAUAUGCAUCAGAAGAGAGCAGUCCAUUGGAGAAUUUGCGUAGACAGACAUGGAAAAACUCCUCUGUAUCUGAAGGAAGCACAAGGAAUUCGAGGACACCUACAUCAGGUCAUUCAAUUUCAAGAAAUAUUUCCAUGGAUGCUAGUUUGGAACAGGUUAAGAAAGCUACAGAAUACCCUACAACAUCUACGUCUCCUGCAAAAGUAUCCCUUUCAAUCCCUUCAACUUCAUCUUUGUCAACAUCCCCUCUAUCAACCCACAGUCACCUCCCCCCCACCAGUUUGGCCUCAUCGAGAUUGUCUCACUGUUCUCCCGGACACCGAUUAUUACGUCAAGUAUCUAGCAACCGUAUCCCAGCUUAUAAGUCACCAAAUAACUACAAUGUUUCAGAGGACAGGCCUGCAAUCCCUGGGAGCAACGAUUCGUUACGGGGCUCACAUGGUGGGUCUUCUGAUGGUUGGUCUAUGAAUGCUUUCUCUGAGCUCAUGGCAACUUCACAUAGGGGAAGGUGGUCUUUUGGUAGUGAAUCCCUUGACUUUGCUCGUGAGAAGAUGGUUAGAUCCUGCAGCCUAUUCUCGAAUUCUCCUUCUGUGGACGUGCAAACGUGUGGAAUUUGCUCUAUGCUGUUGGUUGAGAGAUCUUUAUGGACCAGUCAAAAAAUAAUUGCUAACAGUGAGUUGUCUGUCGUUGCUGUACUAACUUGUGGACAUGUUUAUCAUGCUGAUUGUUUGGAGAAUAUGACUCCUGAAAUUAGCAAGUAUGAUCCAGCAUGCCCCAUUUGUUCUUUUGGUGAGAAGCAGACCCUAAGAAUGUCUGAAAAGGCACUUAGAGGUGAGAUAGAACUGAAAAUUAGAAAUAAGAGAUUAAGGAAUCGCAUUGCGGAUAGUGGUCUUGAUGGCGAAUCUACCAUGUUUGAUCAUUUUAUAAAUAGCGGACAAGGGAAGUGUCCUAAGUUGUCCUCUAGCUCCAGUUUGAGAGGUUCCUCAGGGAGGGGUUUCUUGAGGCGACACUUCUCCUUUGGCUCAAAGGGCGGAACUAAAGCCUUGCCAGAAAGUAACAACACAGCGAAGAGAAAGGGAUUGUUAUGGUCAAGAUCUACUAAGAUGUGACAUGGGAGGUUCUGAAAUUCACAUCUGCUGAGCAGCUGGUUCACAAAGUGAUGAAGAAUGCUAGAUAUCGUUGACUAAAGGGAAGAUCACAACACCCCUGGGUCUGGAUAGUUGGAUAAUUUUUUAUGAAUUUUAUAUAGGCUUAGUUUAAGCCUUAUGGAGUCAACAUUUGUAUAUAGGAACACAGGGUAAAAGGAGUAACAGUUCAGAUAAACAGGUUUAAAAGAUUGAACUUGCAUCAUGACUCAUCAGAUUGGCGAUCUCAUUCCUAUCUUGUACAAAUCAAUUCGUUUUCACGUGGACAAAUGUAUGCAUUGAUCAAACUUAUGUUCUCAAAUUCUUAUAAAACUGCUCGUGAUUUUUACAAAA